AUGGUUGAUAAGAUAAGAUAUGUGCGAAAGUGGCACGCGAGGCUCAGGGUCGGGACUCCAAAGUUGCAGAGGGUGCCGGACAACCGGACUGCAACUGAGCGCGCUUACAGCGACGAUGUCAAGCCAUCCACUUCGUCAUUCACUGUUCGCCGCCUCGUCCAAGGGGCCAGGGGUCAGCAGCCGCCGAUUUCGCCAGACACUGUUCGCCGCGUCGCUAAAGCGCGUGGAGAGGCGAAACCCCUGAUAAACCCCGAAGAUGAUGACCCGAAGCGCUGGGAGGUGAUACGUCCGGGCCACCAGUUCUAUCCUGAUCUGCCCAAAGAGGAGCAGGAAAGGCUCAUCGUGUUGCGACGCACGAACUCACGCUCACCUCGGAUGAUCGAUCGGCAGUGGGUGCGCAAUGCUUGCACCUGUCCGCGCUGCGUCGAUCCUGCCUCCGGCCAAAAGCAAUUUUCCAUCUGCGAAGUGCCACAAGACCUGCCCAUCGGGCAGGCUGACUUCAACGAGGCCGGCGACUUGGAAGUCUCCUGGACGGAUGAUUUCUUUUGCGAUGGCAUGACCCAUCGUUCCACCUACCCGGCCCGACUUUUUGAAGCGCUUCGGCUUGAUCCGUCAGCCAUGCGCCGCCGUUCGCAGGCCAUCAUCGAUACUCAGCGACUACGUCUGUGGAACAAGGAGUUGAUGGAGAAAUCCGUUCGCUUCGUGAACUAUGACCAGUGGAUGCAGGGCAGUAGCAAGGAAUUCAACCUCGCAAUUGAGACCUUCCACCUCUAUGGCAUCCUCUUCCUCAAGGACAUCCCCUCAGAUGUGACCCAGGAACAACUUGCCGCGCCAAUAGGCCCGCUGAAAUCAACAGUCUGGGGGCGCACAUGGGACGUCAAGCAUAUACCGAAGAGCCGUACCGUUGCCCAUGGGCACGGGCCCGUGCCAUUGCAGACGCAGCUGCCUUACUUCAACAAUGUUCCGAGAGUAGUGGUGCUGCGGUGUUUGGAAAACAGUGUCGAUGGAGGCGAACUCAUCUUCAGUGACGGGUUCCUACCAGCCUGGGAGUAUUUCCUCUUCAAGAGAAAAGAGUUCGAUAUGUUGCAAGCUUCCACUAUUCGAUAUCAAUACAACCAUGAAGGCCAUCACUUUGCCAAGACCAGGGGAAUCAUGUCUUCUUACUUUGGGUUCCCACGAAAGGUGGCCUUCUCUCCGGCUUUCGAAGACCCGACUCAAUACUUCCAGGCUGAUGAUCUGCAAUGGAGGGCUAAUAAAAUGGUCUGGCACGGAUUCGUGAGGCGAUUCAGCCUACCAAAAAACGUCUUUGAGCACAAGCUGGCACCUGGUGAAGCCGUGCUCGUUAAUAAUUGGCGCAUUUUGGUACGGAGAAGGGGUUUCGAUCCAUCGACGGGUUCGAGAUACCUGCAGGGAGUGUACGUCGAUAUCGAUGAAUAUAUGGACACCUUGAGACGAUGCGGCAAUUCCGAGGUCAUUGGGCAAACAGAGCUGGGUCCUCACUAUGUGGAUCAGCUCAGAGCUUUGGACCCGUCCCUCGGCGAGGAUGGAUUGGAGAAUAUCCCAACUGUAUGA